CAGUUGUGUCAUGUGUAGAAUGGACAGCAAGCAAAAGAUGGAGAGACAGGAGCCGGACAUACACGACGUGAAGACGCUACUCAAAGGCUUCGCGGAGCAGACGUCGAUGCACGGGGUACGUCGGGUGGCUCCAGUGACCAUCAUCUACUCAUUCGUCUGCUGUGGGCGGCGAUGAUCCUGAGUGCAGUAGGGUUCGCAUCGCAUAACGCUUGUGAGAUGAUCAUACAGUUUUGGAAGAACCCUCUCUCCACGACGGUGUCCUACCAGUACGAGGAUGCUGUGGAGUUUCCUGCUGUUAGUAUCUGCAACAUGAACAUACUGCGCAACUCAAAGUUUGAAAAGGAUGCUUUUCUGCAGAGACGACACCCCUCAGUGAAUCCGACGUUCAAACGCAAGGAUGAAGAAUUCGAAUUCUUCCGGAACUACAUGUCCUCCAUCGAGUACAGUCAGCGAUACGACUUAGGACAUCAGCUGGAGGAUAUGCUGGUAUCCUGUAAAUAUCCGGAACUUGAGUGCAAUAAGAAUUUUUUUACUAAAUUUUACUCCCAAAAACUGGGUAACUGCUACACGAUUAACAAGGAUCGCCGGAUACCUAACGUGUCGAUGACGGGACCUGAACAUGGACUUGAGCUGAAGCUGCACGUUGAAGAAGACGAGUACCUGCGUAUGUCGAUGACGACUGGUUUCAAGGUAGUUGUGCAUUCGCCUCAGGAGAUGCCGUUUCCUGACGAUGAAGGCGUUGUCGUUGCCCCUGGAUUUUCCACUCAUAUUGCUCUGAGCAAGGUGGAAAUAAAGAGAACCCCAAACCGUAUGGGUGUUGCCAAACAUUUGACGAAAACGAGGAUACAGAGUUGAAUAUGUAUGCGAAGCUGUACAAUGUGGGAUACACUGAGAAGGCAUGUUACAGGACUUGUUACCAGAACAGUUUGGCCGAGAGGUGCGGUUGCUGCAACAGCGAGUACCCGUGUUCUCAUAACCCAGACGGCAGCAUCAUGACAACUUGUAACAGUUCUGAUAUUGAGCAAAACUUAACCGCAUUAACCAUGUUAGGAA